AUGGCUAGAGAAAUUACUGAUAUUAAAUUAUUCUUAGAAUUGACCAGAAGAGCUGAUGUCAAGACUGCUACUGUUAAGAUUAACAGAAAGUUAAACAAAGCUGGUAAGCCAUUCAAACAAACCAAAUUCAAAGUUAGAGGUUCAAGAAACUUGUACACUUUGAUCGUUAACGAUGCUGGUAAAGCUAAGAAGUUGAUUCAAUCCUUACCACCAACCUUAAAGGUUAACAAAUUAUAA